AUGAUGGAUCCACGUAAUUCAAUUGCCCCAGAUGCUUCGGCUCUCAUUGGUAACACUCCGAUGGUUUACAUAAACAAGCUUACUGAAGGAUUACCUGGAAAAGUAGCUUGUAAAGUAGAGUUUUACUCACCUGGGUGUUCGGUUAAAGAUCGAAUAGGAUAUGCAAUGGUUGCUCAGGCUGAAGCUGAAGGAAGGAUAAAACCUGAUGUAAGUACUCUAAUAGAACCAACAUCUGGUAAUACGGGAAUAGCGUUGGCUGUAGUGGCUGCCGUCAAGGGCUACAAAUUGAUCAUAACUAUGCCCGCUAGUAUGAGUGUGGAGAGGAGGGUUCUACUGAAAGCUUACGGAGCUGAGGUAAUUUUGACUGAUCCAGCCAAAGGAAUGAAGGGAGCUAUAGAACGAGCCUACGAGCUGCAACAGAGUGUUCCUAAUAGCAUAAUUUUAGCUCAGUUUGAUAAUCUUGCAAACCCUGAAAUUCAUUACCGAACAACGGGUCCCGAAAUUUGGGAUCAAACACAAGGCAAAGUUAAAGCUUGUGUUUUUGGAAUUGGUACUGGAGGAACACUUACAGGAGUAGCAAAGUACUUGAAAGAAAAAAAUCCAAGUGUAAAAAUGAUUGCUGUUGAGCCUGAAGAGAGCCGCGUGUUAGUGGGGGGACAAGCUGGGUCCCACAAGAUUCAAGGGCUUGGAGCUGGGUUUAUUCCUUCAAUCCUAGAUUUAAAUUUGAUUGAUGAAGCGAUUGGAGUGAGUUCUGAAGAAGCUAUCACCAUGGCCAAACGACUCGCCUACGAGGAGGGAUUACUUUGUGGAAUUUCUUCUGGUGCAAAUGUAUGUGCUGCUUUACAACUCGCUGCGCGAGAGGAAUAUAGAGAUGAAAUCAUUGUAACAGCACUGCCUAGUUUCGGUGAAAGAUAUUUAUCUUCAUCACUAUAUGCUGAUCUCAGAGAUGAAGCUGUGAAUAUGGCUGUACAAUCAUUAGCGGAAAACUUAGAAGUUGUGAAAUUACACGAAUAUGACACAAUUGAAUGA